GUUUUUUCUUUUGUUUCUGCACGCGUAUCGGAAACGAUUUUUUUCCACGAUUUCAAUGUUUAGUUAAUACUUUCGACGUUUUUGUCGUUUGUUGUUCGUUGACGAAAAAAUCGCGGAUUGUCUUCGAUAAAGCAAACGUCGUAUUUUUCGAGAGGCCUGCUACGAUCGAAACGUCACUGUCAAUCGGAUCAACCUUUAUUUUAAACAGGGAUCGAUUUCGGUCCUUUGAAUUGUCUCGGCGGAUCGUGGGAGGCAAGCAAUUUUCCCGACCCACUUCCCACCAUUUACGCGCCUUUUGUGUAAACAAUGUUCUCGAGUUUUGUAUCCGCGACUUGUUAUUCCACGGCGAGCGUCUCGAUGUGUUGUUGUUUACGUUUCGACCGCAGUUUUCAUUGGCAAUUUACUCGACGCAGAAAUGCACAACUUUGCUAGCGGCGGUACGUUCUCGUCUUUGGACACCCUGUGGGAAUUGCAGCCUCACCGUCUGAGCGAGGCCGGACUCAGUCGCCAUUCAGGUUCGCACUCGAUUCUGACCGAAGACACCGACAGUUUCAUAAUAGGCGAGAGGAUUUGGGUGGGGGGCACGAAACCCGGCCAUAUUGCCUUCAUCGGGGAGACCCAGUUCGCGCCCGGAGAAUGGGCUGGAGUAGCCCUCGACGAGGCUAUAGGGAAAAACGACGGCUCGGUCGGUGGCAUUCGGUACUUCCAAUGCGAGCCGAAAAAGGGCGUGUUUUCCCGACUGACUCGUUUGACUCGCGUCCCGUUGACGCUUGACGUCACGGGCUCGGGCGACACGUACGUCGCUUCCUCGCCCCAAGGUCGCAGCGCUUCCCAUUCGCCGAUGUCGCCCACCGAUAGUCGCAGGAGUUUGAGGUCGCCCGUCUCUAUAGGCGGAUCGACGUCGAGCCUGUCGCCUGCUCCGGUGAUAGACUACAAAAUCGGCGACCGGGUGAUCAUAAAAAGCGGCCAGGGCUCCAAGGUGGGCACGGUGCGCUUUAUGGGGCUGACGGAAUUCGCGGGCGGCGAGUGGGUGGGCGUGGAGUUGGACGAACCUCGAGGCAAGAACGACGGUUCCGUCAACGGCGUGAGGUACUUCGAGUGCCAGCCGAAUUUCGGUUUGUUCGCGCCGAUCGCCAAGGUCAGCAAGUCGCCGUCCAAGGUCAAGCCGGCAGCGUGUCAACUGCAUUCCGGACUGAGGAGGUCCGGAUCGAGGGAAUCGAUGACCUCGAACCUCAGUUCGGUGUCGACGGCGGGUCGCAGACGGACCACGCUCGGUAUCAAUUCGGUCGCCUCCAAGGUGCCUCCAGGUCAGGCGGGUAGCUCGGUCACUGCCAGGACAACAGUUUUGCAGCAACACAUCGAGCAGCUCCUCAGAGAGAGAGACCUCGAGAGGAGUCAGGUGACGAAAGCGGCCCGCCAAGCUGAAGAAGUCGAGCAGCGUCAUCUGGCGUUGAAAGCGGAAUUCGACAAGCAUCGGGCGGAAUGCGAGGCUACGCUGCGCGAACUGUCUGCGCAGCUGGAGGACGAGAAGAGGAAGAGUGAGGACUGGCAGUUCAAAUUUGAGGAGGCGGCCAUCGCCAAGACCGACUUGGAGGUACUGAACGAGAGCCUGACGCGAAGCGUGCGCGAAUUAGAGGUCGUCCUGGCGUCGGAACGCGAAAAGGGGGCGGAGCUGGAAAUCGGCAACGUCGCGUCGUCCGAAGCUUCGGUUCGGGCGAUGGCGGAAAUCGCCGAACUUAAACGACAGCUGGAGGAGGCCGCAAGUCGACAGGAAAAUGCGGCCGCCACAACGGCAGCUCUGAUAGAGUCGCUGCGUUGCGAAAAACAAAGCGCGGAGGCCGCUUCGAGCGAACUGAGGGCGAGUUUAGACAAAAUGACCCACCAGCUGAAGGCUCACGAGGGAAAAGACGAACUCCUCCAGGACCUACGUGAACGACUCGCGGAAAUGGUUCAGGAGUCUGCGGAGCUCAACAAGAAGCUGGUGAAGAUGUCGUUGGAGAAGGAAUCCUCGGAGUUGGAGCUGCGCGGUAAAAUAGAGGCUCUCGAAAAAAAGAGUCGAAUCGUCGACGAGCUCCAGGGCGAGCUGGAGGCGAAGCGGCAGGAACUGGAGCGCGUCGCGCAGGUCAAGGAAGAAGAGGUCAGCGCGAAAGAUCGCGAAAUCGAAGAUCUGACCGCGCAGCUGCGGUCCGCGCAAAAAGAUCUUGAGGUCGUCUCCAAAAACGUCGGCGACCGGGAGUCGAACCUCCAAACGGAACUGGAGAAAGCUAGGGAGUCGUUGAGAGCGACGGCGGCGGAACUGGAGAGUGCGAACGGUAGAUUUGUAAACAUGGACGUCGAACUGCGGGAGAAAGAUGAAGAAGUUGGAGAUUUGAGGAUGCAACUCGAGGCUUUGCACGCACAACUGGAGCUUCUCAAAACAGAGCUGACCGAUGCGAAGGUGUCGCUGACGGUAAAGAUGGCGGAGCUAGAUAGCUCGAACGUUCGCAAUCUGGACCUCGACACCAAACUCAAAGAAAAAGAUGAGAAAAUUGAGAUUUUGAGGGCGGAUUUCGAAAAUAAACUGGGAUCGCUCAAGGCAGAGUUGGACGGUGCUAGAGAUUCGUUGGCGGCAAAUAUGGCCGAACUAGAUAGCGCGAAUGCUCGAACUGCGGAUAUCGACUCGAAACUUUUAGGAAAAGACAAGGAAAUUGGGGAUUUGAGGAUGCAGUUGGAAAGAGAAGCGACCAGAAGCAAUGAGCUCCUACAAACAGCGAGCGAAGAGCUAGAGAGGCUCAAAGCGGAGCUAAACGACGUUAGAAAGUCAUUGGCGACAAAGGUGGCCGAACUAGAUAGCUCGAACGUUCGUAAUCUGGACCUCGACACCAGACUCAAAGAAAAAGAUGAGAAAAUUGAGAUUUUGAGGGCGGAUUCGGAAGGAGAACUAGGGAGGCUCAAAGCAGAGCUGAACGACACUAGAGAAUUGUUGGCGGCAAAGAUAACCGAACUAGGUAGCUCGAAUGCUCGAAUUGCCGAUGUCGACUCCAAACUUCUAGGAAAAGAGAAGGAAAUUGAGGAUUUGAGGAUGCAGUUGGAAAGAGAAGCGACCAGAAGCAAUGGGCAAAUAGAAACUGCGAGCGAAGAACUAAAGAGGCUCGAAACCGAGCUGAACGGCGCUAGAGAGUCGUUGGAGGCGAAGAUGGUCGAAUUGGAGAGUUCGAAUACUCGAAACCUGGAUUUUGACGUUAAACUUCGAGAGAAAGACAGGGAAAUUGAAAAUUUGAGAGUUCGGUUGGAAUGUGAGACAAGCAGGCAACUAGAAACUGCAGACGAAGAACUAGGGAGGCUCAAAGCCGAGCUGAACAACGCUAGGGAGUUAUUAGAAGCCAAAAUGGCGGAACUAGACAUCUCAAAUAUUCGAAUUGCCGAUGUAGAUACUACACUUAGAGGAAAAGAAAAGGAAAUUGAGGAUUUGAGGAUGCAGCUGGAAAGAGAGUCGACCAGAGGCGAGGAACAGACCAGCGUGCAUCAGAAGAACAUUGAGGAUCUGACUGGACAGCUUGACGCUGCGCGCGCAGAUUUAGCGCUGCUCAGAACGCAGCUGAAUGAUGCCAGGGAGUCGUUAGGGGCAAAAAUGACCGAACUGGAUGGCUCGAACAUUAGAAAUAUAGAUCUCGACGCUGAACUUCACAGCAAAAACAAUCAAAUUGAGGAUUUGAUGAUGCAGUUGGAACGAGAGACGGCCAAAGGCAUGGAACAGACCAGCGUGCAACAGAACAACAUUGAGGAUCUGACUGAGCAGCUGAACGCUGCGCGCGCAGAUUUAAAAAUGCUCAGAACGGAGCUGGAUGGUGCCAGGGAGUCGUUAAGGAUAAAAAUGGCCGAACUAGAUGGCUCGAACCUUCGAAAUGUGGAUCUCGACACCGAACUUAGAGGAAAGGAUAAAGAAAUUGAGGAUUUGAGAAUGCAGUUGGAAGCACAGACAACUAGAGGUCUGGAAGAGACCAGCGUGCAUCAGAAGCGCUUUGAGGAUUUGAGCGGGCAGCUGGACACAGCACGAGCAGAUUUAGAACGUCUCAGAAAGGAGCUAGAUAGCUCAAACCUUCAAAGUGCAGAUCUCGACUCCAGACUUCGAAUGAAAGACCAGGAAAUCGAAGAUUUGAAGGUUCAGUUAGAAAACGAGACGGCCAGAAGAAAUGGGCAGCUAGAAAUUGCGGGCGCGGAACUAGGAAGCAUCAAAGCAGAGCUGAACAGCGCUAGAGAGUCGUUAGCGGUAAAGAUAGCGGAACUGGAUAGUUCGAAUGCUCAAAUUGCGGAUAUCGAUGCCAAACUUCGAAGAAAAGAUAUGGAAAUUGAGGAUUUGAGGAUGCGGUUGACAAGAGAGGAAGCCGUAGGUGCGGAACAGGCCAGUGUUCAUCAGAAUCGCUUCGAGGUUCUUACUGGGCAGCUGGACGCUGCACGCGCAGAUAUAGAACUGCUCAAAACUGAACUGAAUGACGCCAGGGAAUCGUUGGGAGCGAAAGCGAAGGAGCUAGAUAUCGCGAACUUUCGAAAUGUGGAUCUCGAAACCAAAUUUCGAGGGAAAGACGAGGAAAUCGAAAAGUUGCAAAUCCAGUCCGCCGAAGACAAAGAACUGGCCGAAGAAGUCGCCCGUGUUCGUCUGAGCCUGGCGGACGCGACAUCUAGAAGUUCUCAGUUGGAAGAAAGCGGCGACAUCUUGCUGAGUAACAUUGAACAACUGUCGAGCGAGAAUGUGAGGUUAUCCGUCGAACUCAGGUCGGCCAAGGAGGAAAUGGACCGUCUAGGAAAAGGUUGGAGUGUCGAGCUGGAGGAGGUCAGGAGGUCGUUGAACGAGACGGUCGCUGCUCUCGAAGUGAGCCGUAGCGAAAAUGACCUAUUGAAGAGGCGUCUAGAGGACGGAUCCACCGACAAGUUGACCGAGACCAACGCGCAGCUAGAGGAACUCGUGAGGAGGGCGACCUCGAAAAUUCCCACCGCUGCUUCCGACCGCAACGGCGACCUUUCGGCCCACACGCAGGGUUCGAAAGAAUACCAGAAACGUGCGGAAGAGAAAACGUUCGCCGAGAGCCAGGUCGAGUUUCUGAACUCGAUCAUCGUAGAUCUGCAGAAGAAGACUGAAGAACAGAAAGCGCGCAUCGAGAUCCUCGAAAUGGGCUACAGUCCGGCGGCAGUCAACGAAUUGAGAGAUUUAGGCUUCGGCGCGGAAUACGGGCGGCGGCAGGCACCACGCGCCUACUGUGACAUCUGCGAGGAGUUCGAUCUGCACGAAACCGAAGAUUGCCCCGCCCAGGCGUCCGACGAGCCACCGAAGCCGAUUUCGCAGCGAGAGAAGAAAAACCAGCCCGCGCCAAGGCCGUAUUGCGAUACCUGCGAAGAAUUCGGCCACGACACGGCGGACUGUCCCGAAGAUCAAGAGUUCUAGUGCCUGAUUUGUUAAUUUAUUUUGAAUUUGUUGUUUGAAUUAAUAAAAUUUAUUUUCCGAAACGGUUCUGGUUUGUCUUGC